UAAUGUAUAUGCACAAAUAUAAUAUUGUAUAGCUUCCUAUUACAAAUAAGAACUUAAAAGAUUUGUAUGGGGUGUACUUAUAUGCUGAGCACUGUAUCUUAUCCAAGUCAAAACAGAUUGAAUGUGUUUAUGAGGGUUAAAGCCAGAUUUGCAGCACACAAUGGCACUCUAGCUUUAAUAAGGUUUUGCAUAAUAAACUUACUGUACCUCGAACAGCAGACAACUGGACACAAAGCUGCCCACAGUUCACAAAGGAAAAAAGAAGCGGAGUCAAGGAGCUGUAUACGGUACAGAUGUGGCCUGACCAACACCAUACAGGACGUUCUAAACCACAGACCAGGCUGGGUGGAAGUGAAAGAUGAUGCCGAUUGGGACUUCAACUGGUGUGAUGUUGGAUGGCUGAGAGAGAACUUUGAUCACUCAUACAUGGAAGAACAUGUACGGAUAUGUCACUUCCGCAACCACUACGAGUUGACCCGUAAGAACCUGAUGGUGAAGAACUUGAAGAGGUAUAGAAAAACAUUAGAGCGGGAGGUUGGGCGUUUGGAGGCAGCCAAAUGUGACUUUUUUCCACGUACGUUCGAGUUGCCUAGUGAGUAUCACAUCUUUGUGGAGGAGUUUAAAAGAAGCCCGGGGAACACCUGGAUCAUGAAGCCUGUGGCUCGAUCACAAGGGAAAGGAAUUUUUCUGUUUCGAAAACUCAAGGAUAUCAUAGAUUGGAGAAAGGAUGGGAGCCGCUCUGAAGAACAGAAAGAUGAGGCUCAAGUUGAGAGCUAUGUCGCUCAACGUUACAUUGAGAAUCCCUACCUUAUAGCUGGGAGAAAAUUUGAUUUGAGAGUCUAUGUUCUGGUAACGUCGUAUAUUCCACUGAAGUCCUGGCUGUAUCGUGAUGGUUUUGCCCGAUUUUCCAACACCAGGUUCUCUCUCAGCAGCAUAGAUGAUCAAUAUGUUCAUCUCACCAAUGUUGCAGUGCAAAAGACAGCUCCUGAUUAUGAUCCUGAGAAGGGCUGUAAGUGGCAGAUGCAACAGCUACGGUGGUAUCUGACUGCUAAGCAUGGUUUCGAGACAGUGCAGACUCUGUUUAAAGAAAUUGACAACGUAUUUAUUCGCAGCCUGCUUAGUGUGCAGAAGACCAUCAUCAAUGACAAACACUGCUUUGAGCUGUACGGAUAUGACAUACUGCUGGACCAGGACUUAAAGCCGUGGCUAAUUGAAGUGAACGCUUCGCCCUCCCUCACAGCCAGCAGUCAGGAGGACUAUGACCUAAAAUACAGACUUCUGGAGGACACCUUGCACAUUGUUGACAUGGAGGGCCGCCUGACGGGCAAGGAGAAGAGGAUUGGCGGAUUUGACCUAAUGUGGAACGACGGUCCUGUCUACACGGAUGUCGGUCUAGAGGCUCUCGGCAGCUCUUGCCUCGUGGCAAACACACACCUCGGCUGUGUGAAUGAUCGAGAAAAGCAGCUUCAACAGCUUCUAAAGCCUUUCCCAGGACAGAAGAAAACAUGACAACAUUCAAACUGCAUCAAAUCAGUGUGAAAAACUAUGCUUGACAUUCCCAUUACAUCCCACAAUUGUUGUAUCAUGCACCUCAGGAGUCAGAGGAGCGUACAUAUUUAAAUACCCAGAAGAUAUCAUUCACAAACCGAAAAUUGCAUUGUUUUUGGUUGAUGAGAAUUUUUGAAUAUUUAAUUACUAGUACAUAAAUAAAUACUGUAGACGGGGGCUCUGAUGAUGUAAUGAAAACUGUUUAUUAGUUUAGAUCUCAUAAAAAUAGCUGCGUUCAAAACUCUCAGCAAAAUAAAAGCACAAUCAGACGAU